CACAGCAGCAGCAGGCAGGAGCAGAGGAGGCGCAGCGGGCUGCUGACAGCUUCAGAGAGCACACAGAGACCAGGGUGGCUGCUUGAUACUCGGAGGUACCGCUGCAGAACUUUGGGCUCCGCCGGGGAAACCCCACUCCCAUGUCCCGCAGAGGGUCUCCCGCCGCGCCGUCUUGCAGGAGUUGAGUUUUUUUUCCCCCUCUGUAAGGAUUUGUCAAGUCAAACCCAAAGGUGAGAGAGGAGACUCGUGCCACUGCAGUUGCACAAUGCUCGCUGCUCUGCAUGCUCUCUGAGCGGAGACGACGUGUUUAGGAAGGCUCCUGCCUGGUGGGUCUCAUCAUGACGGGGGACGCGGUGGUUCUGAGGGGUCUGAGCUGGAUAAAGCAGGCGGCGAGCAGAGCCCCGGCAGGCAGCCUGCCCAGCCUCAACACCCACAGGCUGCAGCCUUUCAACAAGCAGGUGGAAAGUGGCGUCCACAGAGCCAUGCAGUUUUACAGAUAUUCAUCCGUGGGCGCCUACUUCAGCACCUGCUUGGCCAGAAGGGUGAAUGACGGUCACGGGACGUGCAGCAGCAGCAGCAGAUCCGAUGCCAAACACGCGAGGUACCACAGGAAGUGGUCAGGCGAGCUGUACUCUGGACACACGCGCCUGUUGAACCAGGACACAGUGGGGCGGCUGACGGCGGAGGACAUGGACAAAGCAAGAAGCGUCAGGAAAACUGAAGCAAAGCAGUAUAAACAAGUGCUGAGUGAAAGUGCCCGGGAGAGGAAAGUGCCCGUCACGCGGAUAGGAAGGCUGGUUAAUUUUGGCAGUCUGGCAGUCGGACUCGGCAUCGGAGCCAUCGCAGAUAUGGCUAAGAAGAGUUUAAAACUGAAACAACAAGGGAAUAAAAAGGCCGUCCUGGACUCCAAUCCCUUCCUCUCUGAAGCGAACGCUGAAAGAAUUGUUCGGACACUUUGCAAAGUUCGAGGAGCGGCUUUAAAACUCGGCCAAAUGCUCAGCAUUCAAGACGAUGCCUUUCUCAACCCUCAGCUGGCUAAGAUCUUUGAGCGUGUCCGACAGAGCGCAGACUUCAUGCCCACUAAACAGAUGAUGAAAACUAUCACAAAUGAUCUGGGUCCGAACUGGAGGGACAGCCUGGAGUCCUUUGAGGAGAAGCCGUUUGCAGCUGCCUCCAUCGGUCAGGUGCACUUUGGGAGGCUGAAGGAUGGCAGAGAGGUGGCCAUGAAGAUUCAAUACCCUGGAAUUGCCAAGAGUAUCAAGAGUGACGUGAAUAACAUCAUGACUGCGCUGAGCUUAAGCAACGCCUUGCCUGAAGGUUUGUUUCCUGAACAUCUUAUUGAGGUCAUGAGUCGUGAGCUGGCUUGGGAGUGUGAUUACAUAAGGGAGGCAAACUGUGCCAGAAAAUUUCAGCAGCUGCUGAAGGAUCACCCCUUCUUCUAUGUGCCCGACGUGAUAGACGAGCUCAGCAACGAGCGUGUCCUCACCACAACGCUGGUGUCCGGUUUCCCUCUGGACAAGGCUACGGACCUUCCCCAGGAGCUCAGGAACGAGAUCUGUGAGCAGAUUCUGAUUUUGUGCCUGAGGGAGUUGUUCGAAUUCAGAUUCAUGCAGACGGAUCCAAACUGGUCGAACUUCUUCUACGACCCGCAAAUUCAUAAGGUCGCACUGUUGGACUUUGGAGCAACGCGAGGAUUCGACAAGAAAUUCACUGACACCUACAUUGAGAUCAUUAAGGCAGCAGCAGAUCAGAACCGGGAAGGGGUGCUGACCAAAUCCAUAGAAAUGAAGUUCCUCACAGGAUAUGAGACAAAGUCGAUGGAGAACGCCCACGUAGACGCCGUGAUGAUCCUGGGCGAGGCCUUCAACUCCGAGCAGCCGUUCGACUUCGGGGAGCAGAGCACCACCGAGCGCAUCCACAGACUCAUCCCGGUGAUGCUGAAGGAGCGCCUGACGCCGCCUCCGGAGGAAACCUACUCCCUCCACAGAAAGAUGGGCGGCUCCUUCCUCAUCUGCUCCAAACUGAAAGCCAAGAUCUCCUGCAAGGACAUGUUCCAGGAGGCGUACAGGAACUACUGGAAGGACGGAGCCCCCGACUCCAACCAGUGAAGACCUUUUUUUUCUUUUUAAAUACAGGAAAAAAGCAUGUUCCAUUGGGAUGAGCUUGAAUUUUUUUUAUCAUUUUGGAUAUUUGGGUCAACUGUCAUAAUGUUGACUUAUUUUUUUACUUUUACAACUGGAGGUCUGCUCUGACCAUCACUUAAACAGACUUACAGGGUAAAAAACUUAAAAUGUAUACCUGUAGCAGCUAUAGUGGUCUUCAUCAGCUACGUCCGACCCCCAUCCUGACUAACCCUGCCUUUAAUGGCCAUACGUGAGUAGUUUGGACAUAUCCUUUAACUGUGUGUUGUGCGUUUAGUAUAACCUGACUAUUAUGUGCCUGUAUUGUCGUGAGGGACUAAACUCCACCUGACCAGGACCGUCAUGCAGAAUAAUAACGAAUAUAACUAUGAUGGUACCAAAAAAAAGAAAGCUUUUGACCCCAAACAUGAGUGUUGUAAAGCAAGAUGUGAAAAAUGCUCAACAUGAAAGCCAUUUUUUUUUUAAAUAAAUGCCAAUAUUGAAAAAUGUAAACCUAAUACCUGAGCGAUAAGUGAAAGUAUGACUCUUCAGCUAAACCCAAUGUUACAGAAUUUUUCAGCUUCAUCUGGAGAUAAAGCUGUACAUUUCAAAUGUUCUUUUAGGAAUAUACAAGGAAUUAAAAAUCUUUAAAUGAAAUAAUCUCAAAGAUAAGGGCACCUUCUGCUAAACUCCAAACUGUUAAAUAUAAUGAAAACAAAGCUGAAAACUUGGAUUAAUUGAGUUCAGUUGUGCCUUAUAGUUAAGUGAGUGAGACUCGCUGUUGUAUUUCCUCUUUUUGCAGAGAUCCGAGGGUUUCUCAGCUGCCACCUCUUCAAAGUGGAUCCGUUUACAACGGCCCAGAAUGGUGCAAAGACUCACUUGUUCUUUGAGAACAUUAAUCCUCUUGAACAGUGUGGAAAUAAUGCUUAAUUUCUCAUGUUUACCGCUGUUUUUCCCCUCCGUCUUCCUCUUUCUGAGCCCUGCCUGACUCACUUGCAGAACCAAAAAAACCAAAAAAAAAAGGAAGUGCGACUUCUGUGUGAACGGCGCUGACUGAUGUUUUGAAUGCAUUUCUCAGAUGUUUCAUCCAACAGCGCAGAGACCAGGUUGACUAGUUCAGCUCUUCGUCACAUUCCUCAAACUUCUUCUGAAACAAGUUUUGCCUCAAAUACAAACAGCUGGUAGCUGCCACAGGUUCUCAGUCAAAAGUGUGAAUACUUUUGUAAAGUUGUUUUCCUUUUUGACUUAAUAUACAAUAAAGGGUUUUCAACUUUA